AUACAGCUCUAUUUUCCAUGUCCACAGAUUCCCUGAGAGAAGAAUGAACUCAGCAAAUUUCUCUUUGGUGACUGAAUUCAUUCUGGUAGGACUAACAGAAGAACCUGAACUUCAAAUGCCCUUGUUCUUUCUCUUCCUAGGAAUGUAUCUUGUCACUGCAUUGGGAAAUUUCUGUUUGAUAAUUCUAACUGUGCUGAAUUCUCACCUCCAUACCCCUAUGUAUUUUUUUCUGUUUAACUUAUCCUUUAUAGACAUUUGCUAUUGUUCUGUAUUCACUCCCCAAAUGCUUAUGAACUUUAUAUUAAGGAAAAAUGUAAUUACAUACUCAGAAUGUAUGACCCAACUCUAUUUCUUUAUCUUCUUUGCUGUUUCUGAGUGCUAUGUGUUAACUUCAAUGGCCUAUGAUCGCUACAUGGCCAUCUGCAAUCCACUGUUGUAUAAUGUUGUCAUGUCUCCUAAACUGUGUUUGAACCUUAUGCUUGGUUCCUACUUUAUCUCAUUUUCUACUGCUGUGACUCACACUUCAUGCAUGCUGAGACUGACCUUCUGUGAUGCCAACACCAUCAACCACUACUUCUGUGAUAUUCCUCCUUUGCUCCAACUCUCUUGCUCGAGCAUAUAUGUCAAUGAGAUUGUGAUUUUUGUGGUUGUCAGCAUCAACAUCAUUGUUCCUACUUCAACUGUCUUUAUCUCCUAUGGUUUCAUUCUUUCCAGCAUCUUCCACAUCAGUUCGUCUGAGGGCAGGUCCAAAGCCUUUGGUACCUGCAGCUCCCACAUUCUUGCUGUUUCUCUGUUCUUUGGAUCAGGUGCAUUUGUGUAUUUCAAACCCUCCACAGAUGGAUCUAUGAAUGAAGGGAAAAUAUAUUCUGUCUUUUACACCAAUGUGGUUCCCAUGAUGAAUCCUUUAAUCUACAGCUUGAGGAACAAAGAUAUUAAAGUUGCCCUGAAGAAAACGUUGAUCAGCAGGAUCUUCUGA